UAUAAUGAACCGGCUCCGCAUCAAGUUUCAAGUUCAUCGAUGAUCAAUGCUAUGUCAGUAUUGUGACCGUUCGCCGCAUCAGCAUUCAUUCAAUCAUUGCGCGGUAUCCGGAAACAGCUUUCGUGUUGAACAUUCUGAUAUUUGAAUGGUACACCCAUCGGCACCCACCUCAUGAUUCCCAUCCCACGUUCGUAUCUCAAUAGCGGUGUGCUAUGGCUCAUUUGUAUCCCUGACCACUGAUAGUUUCGGCAUUUCUCUCAAAGCAGUAUUCCUAUGCAGUUAUACUCUCCAGCGUUUUGACCGCGGCACCCAUCCUGUCAAAUACUGUACAUACACUGGCUAGGAAAGGCGCAAUGUCGCUCCGGAUUAUUUUAUUUUCUUUCCAUUUUGCUCUUUCGGCUGGAUUUAGUUUCGAUUCUGUUGAAGGGAACUUGAAUGCGACAGUUGGGAUACCCUUCCCUCUGGCCUGGCAUACUGAUGGCGACCAAGAAGUAUCCCACUUUGAACAAACAAAUAGCUCCCAAUCGUCUGGUCAAGGAGUUAAAAUACAGCCUGAUAAUAAUGCCACCCACUCCGGAACGGUGACACUCAAUUUUCCAUCUCCUGGAGGAUAUACCAUUGAAGCAAUAGACAACAAAGGCUCAAAUAUGGGGGGAAGCCCGCCAAUUCUUGCUAUCAAUCCAGACGCCGGAAAUAAUAUCAGUCUUAGACCGUCGUCUACGGCCAGCUCUACGAGUACAGCCGCAGUAACUACUUCACUCUCUUCAACUGAUCAGGCAUCAUCGAGCUCCGCUUCGAGUUCCUCGCUUGGAGGAUCAACGGUUCAAAGCUCUUCCCACGAUGCUGAAAGCAGUUUCAACGCUGGUAGUCCUUCAACAACUAAUAUCGCCCUUACAUCUUCAUCUGACCUCUCUUACGCUAGUGAUGCUGCGUCCCCGACAUCAUCUGAGUCCCCCCUUUUGUCCUCUUCCAGCUCUAAUCCAAACGUCACCUCUUCCGCUACUAGCUCUGGCUCGCUAUCCGAAACACCCAAAAUUGUUGGUGCCACAGUCGGAUCUUUUGUAUUCCUGUUACUUCUUCUAGGCGCCCUCGUAUACACUCUCCUCCGGCGACAGCACAGAAGGAAAUAUCGUGUCACAUUUCAUCGCGACAGGAUGGUCAGAAAACACUCGAAUGCAUCUUUCUCGCCUCUCACCCCCACAGCAAAGGAUUCGAACACUUAUACGAACUUUGCGGAUAUAGAACAACGUGCCUCCGGUAGUUCUAUCGAGACGGAAGAUACUGCAACCGGUCCCGAUCCUAAGAAAGAGUGCUCUGAAUAUUCGCUGCCCGCUCUGCCAGGCAAUAGAUCCGAGACCCCGUCUCCCGUUCUUGCACACACAGACCGCCAGAUGGAACUACAUGACGUAUUGGUGAAGCAGCAAACUGAGCUGAUCAGGCUGAAGACGGAGUUGAGGCGGGGUGGGGAUGCGCAAGAGGAGAUUGAUGCGCUAAAGGCGAGGAUCGUAGGUCUGGAGGAUGCGCUAGUAUCGCCUUGGGCACUGAGAUAUACCGAUGAUGUCCCGGUCGAAGUUUCAAGGGUCCUGGUUUUGAUGUAAAGUUAGGACGCCGACCUUGCUAGCCAAUGAUACGAUUCAUAGUUUCAAACAUACAUAGACGUUACUGUAGUUUCUGUAAACUGUAAUUUACUUGACAUUUAUUCACAUACAUCCAUUCAACAAAAGUCGUUACUAACUUUCGAUAAUAGUGGUUUGCGAUAAUGCUACGAAUAGAAAAGUAAGGAAAGAAACGCAUCAUUUUACACCUUCUGGUCUUCUGGGACCUUCUCGCCAGCCAAACCUUCCUUAUCGACAGCGUUCUGCGUA